AUGUCGAGGGGAUCUCGGCUUCUUAGGGCUCCUGGGCUCCUACUCCGUCACGUUUAUCUGCGGAAUCAACCCAAAACACCGUCUUUCUCCUACCGUCUUCGCUCUGAUUACCUUCUUCACCAUCAUGGCUUCUCCAGCUUCAUCAGACGUAGCUCAAUUCGAACAUCCCCAGCUAUCAAUGCCUUACUCUCCGACCCUUACCCAUUCCCAAUUCGUUCCGUCCAACGUAGCUCCAUGGUUAACGGGAGUGUUCAGUUCUCGACUUCUACUCCUAAUCCCGAUCAAGGCGCCAAUAAGUCUAAGCAAAUUAAGAAGACCUCUUUGCAGUCAGAUUCGGCUAUGGCUGACAUGAAGAUCCUCCGCACGCUUGCCGGCUACUUGUGGAUGAGAGACAACCCGGAAUUCCGAUUCAGGGUCAUCACUGCCUUGGGCUUUCUCGUCGGCGCUAAGGUCUUGAAUGUCCAGGUCCCUUUCCUCUUCAAAUUAGCUGUUGAUUGGCUGGCUUCAGCCACCGGCACCGGUGCGUCUAUGUCUACUUUCGUCGCUGCGAACCCUUCUCUUGUUGCGGCUUUCGCUACUCCUGCUGCAGUCCUUAUUGGAUACGGCAUUGCUAGGACAGGCUCUUCUGCUUUCAAUGAACUUCGUACUGCUGUGUUCUCAAAGGUCGCUCUCCGCACAAUACGAUCUGUUUCUCGAAAGGUGUUCUCACAUUUGCACGAUCUUGACCUUCGUUACCACCUGAGUCGAGAAACAGGUGGUUUGAACAGAAUCAUUGACCGUGGUAGCCGUGCAAUCAAUUUUAUCCUCUCAGCUAUGGUUUUCAAUGUUUUCCCUACCAUUUUGGAGAUAUCUAUGGUAUCAGGUAUACUAGCAUACAAGUUCGGAGCUCCUUUUGCCUGGAUUACUUCUCUUUCUGUUGGAGCAUAUAUCGCUUUUACAUUAGGUGUGACACAGUGGCGAACCAAGUUUAGAAAGGCUAUGAACAAAGCUGAUAAUGAUGCUAGCACAAGGGCUAUUGAUUCUCUGAUAAAUUAUGAGACUGUUAAAUAUUUUAACAAUGAAGGUUAUGAGGCUGAAAAGUAUGACCAGUUCCUGAAAAGAUAUGAGGAUGCUGCCCUGCAAACUCAAAGAAGUCUUGCGUUUUUGAAUUUUGGACAAAGUAUCAUAUUUAGUACAGCUCUAUCAACAGCAAUGGUGUUGUGUGCUCAGGGUAUCAUGAAUGGUCAAAUGACAGUCGGUGAUUUGGUUAUGGUGAAUGGACUUCUCUUUCAGUUGUCUCUUCCUCUCAACUUUUUGGGUAGUGUUUACCGUGAAACCAUUCAGAGCCUUAUCGACAUGAAAUCAAUGUUCCAGUUGCUAGAGGAGAAAUCUGACAUCAGAAAUAUAGAUGAUGCAAAGCCUCUUGUUCUUAAAGGUGGAAACAUUGAGUUUGAAAAUGUACACUUUAGUUACCUUCCAGAGAGAAAAAUUUUAGAUGGAAUUUCCUUUGUCGUACCGGCAGGAAAAAGUGUGGCAAUUGUUGGUACCAGCGGGAGUGGCAAGUCAACAAUUCUUAGAAUGCUAUUCAGAUUCUUCGACACAGAUUCCGGAAACGUAAGGAUUGAUGGGCAAGAUAUAAAGGAAGUGAAACUAGAUAGCCUCCGAAGCGCCAUAGGAGUUGUGCCCCAAGAUACUGUGCUCUUCAAUGAUACAAUAUUUCACAAUAUACAUUAUGGACGUCUUUCAGCAACAGAAGAAGAGGUGUAUGAUGCUGCUCGGCGUGCUGCGAUUCAUGAAACGAUCAGUAAUUUCCCUGAGAAAUAUUCCACCAUUGUUGGGGAAAGGGGACUCAAGUUGAGUGGUGGAGAGAAACAAAGAGUGGCACUUGCUCGAGCAUUCCUGAAAUCCCCUGCGAUUCUGUUGUGUGAUGAGGCAACGAGUGCGUUGGACAGCACAACAGAGGCAGAAAUACUGAACGCACUCAAGGCACUGGCGACUAACAGAACAUCCAUCUUCAUCGCCCACAGGCUGACCACUGCGAUGCAAUGUGAUGAGAUAGUAGUACUGGAAAACGGGAAGGUGGUGGAACAAGGCCCUCACGAUGUGCUGUUGGGGAAAGCAGGAAGAUACGCACAGCUAUGGACACAACAAAACAGCACUGUUGAUAUGAUUGAUGCAGCUAUCAAAUUGGAAGAGUGA